UUCACCGAGCGUGUGUGGUUUCACCGGUACCUCGACGAUCGCUGGAACUUGCGACCCUUUGAAAGGCGCUGCCAUUAUAAACGACGUUGGCCUACACACGGGAUACCACAUCGCCCAUCAUCUCGGCCACACGUUAGGUAUGUCGCACGACGUCAAAGAGGAAAAUGGGUGUCCAGGCAUUAUUCAUCACGACGAAAAUUACAUCGAAACGACGGUCAUGCAUCCCGGUAACUUGUACAUCACGAGAAAGUGGUCCGUGUGUUCGAAAGAGUCGCUGAAAUUGUACAUCGAAACAGAUUUAGGAUUCUGUUUGGAGGACAAGCAGCAAAAUUACGAGUUCCCAAGCACGGAACUUCUUCCAGGGGUGAUGUACAACGCGGAUGACCAGUGUCGAAUAGAGUACGGUCUCGAGGCCCGCCACUGCGAUUUGGAAGUGAAGUGCGAGAGCCUGAGGUGCGCCAUUCCGGGAAAGGGUUGCGUGUCCACGAUGGAACCAGUGGCUGACGGCACGCGCUGCGGGGAGAACAGGUGGUGUUACGGAAUGAAAUGCCUGCUGGUCGGAGAAAAGCCUGGUGUCGUGGACGGUGGUUGGAGCAAUUGGUCACCUUGGACUCGAUGUUCCCGAACCUGCGGUUCUGGCGUCACACUAUCGGUCAGACGAUGCGUCAAUCCUGUCCCAUCGAAUGGCGGCGCUUUCUGCAGAGGCGACAGGAAACGUCACAAAAUAUGCGCCACCGAGCCGUGCGACGUAGACGCCCCCUCGUUCCGCGAUGUCCAGUGCAGCGGGUACAACAACUGGGUCUUCCCAGAAGACGGGAAACUUCACCAAUGGUCCGAGUACAAGCUGCCCGAGGAUCUGAGAAUAUCGGAGAACCCGUGCACGCUUUACUGCGUGAACGAGAAGAACGUGGUCGCCUCUCUGAGCCCAAGGGUCGUGGACGGCACCACCUGCUACAGAGGUAUCCGGCACAUUUGCAUCGGUGGUAUCUGCCGCGAGAUACCCUGCGAUCUCAACAUGGAAUCGAACGCCAUUGAGGAUGCGUGCGGCGUGUGCAAGGGAAAUGGGACCUCGUGCAGCCUCAAGGCAUACACGACAACGAUCGUGCAAGCGUCACACCCAACGAAGCUGGUCGUGAUUCCUGUCGACGCGACCAACGUCCGGAUCGAGGAGAUGGAGCCCUCGAAAUCCAGGAUAAUGCUGUGGAGCAAGGAUGAGAAGCCGUUGAUUCGUGGGGAUCGUUUAGGAUUGUUCGAGAUUGCCGGCAUGAAGGUGUGGUUAGGGGCGAUAAGAUUGAACCAGGAGACUCUCGUCAUACCAGGACCCAUCCUCCAGGAGUUGAUUAUAUUGAUUCUGCCGAAAGAGAACGUGACGGUGAGGUAUUCGUUCGGCGUGAGAGAGAAGAGCCCUCGUAAGCCCGAGUUCUCGUGGAACUUUCUCGACUGGGAAGAGUGCAACGCGAAUUGCGGCCCAGGCGAGCAGAUUUCCAAGCCUCGUUGCCUGGAGAAACACGCGGGCAUAGUGGAUGACACUUUCUGCAAAAGCAUGGCGAGGCCGCAGGAAAAAGUGAGACCCUGUUAUCGGGCGUCUUGUGUCCCGAGAUGGAUGAUCGGUGAUUGGCAAGGGUGCACAUCCUGCACGUUCCAUUGCGAGAACACGCGAUCCGUCAAAUGCGUACGCCCCGUCGGUCAUUCAGAGCAGGAUGCAGAUAUUAUCGCUGACAGCUACUGCGAAGGGCCGAAGCCGAAGGAACGGGAGCCCUGCGGCGGCCGGGAGAAACGUAACAAUAUUCCAACGAUACACUCGAAGCGGUGGAAAAAAGAUUCGGGCGGAAAGAAAUUACGAAUUAAAAGGAAGCGCGAAGAAGAGGAAGACGACGACGACGACGACGACGAGGACGAGGAAGAAGAAGAGGAGGAAAGAGAAGAAGAGGAGGAAGAAAGAGAAGAAGAAGAAGAGGAAGAGGAAGAGGAAGAAGAAGAGAAAGAAAAGGAAAAAGAGGAAGAGGAUAAACUGAACAUUCAGCAGAUGAGGAAGGGUGAAGAGGUGAUCGACAGCAAGGAUAUUAAUAAUCUAACUCUAAACAUCAUUUUGGAACACGAUGCAACCGGCGCGUUGAUUUUCCCCAAGGAUUUCGUGCCUCAACCACCGCCCAACAGUACCGUGUUUACUUUGAUUGGAAUGGAUGCGGUCAAGUAUAUUCAAAAAAUUCAAGAAGAGGCCGUGACCGCCUCUAAACGACGUUCUUAACGAGUUAACCUAAUUGAAAAUCGAUACAUACAUUAUUCGCGUUAUGAUUGUGUGCCCAGAGAUCUGUGUAUUAAUCGUUCUAAUUAUGAUUAAUUUAAUAUACGUGCAUUAUGUACAUUACACGAAAUGCAUUAAAUAUCACGUUUCAAUGCGAGAGUGGCCGUCUCUUUAACCGAUUAAAACGAUUGUGACAUUGAUGGAAAUGAUUGAGCGUAGAUGCGAAUCUAUCUGCAAUACCGACCGGGCAGGCGCAAGAUAAUUUCGUAAUAAAUCGACUUGGCAUUAAAAUAUUAAUUCAUCGAUUAAAAACACGAUAGUACCGGCACAAACCGCCGGCACUGUCACUGUUUCGCUUGCAUUUUGUUCCAUCGUUGCCGUUCAAUUUGCCGUCAGAUUACGCACGCUUGCCAAGAAAUCGAAUUAUAUUCGACGCGGAUCGGGCUUUUAUCCGAUAUCCUAUUGAAUUGAAUCAAAUGUGCAUACGUUAAAUAUUGUUGAAAUAUAAAAGAGAGAGAGAGAGAGAAACGUA